CUGGAGGUCAAGAGACGGGGUGGAGGGGGGAAGGGCCGCGACGUGUGGGGUGGGAGGGCCAGGAGGGACCCGGGUGGGCCAGGUGGGGCCAGGAAGGACCUCGAGGUGUGGGGUGGGGCCAGGAAGGAGCCGGGUGGGAGACCUUCGAGGGACCCCGGCGCCCGGGGGGCUGGGAGGUCCCCGCCUUCUCCUCCCCCCACCCCGCCGUGGGGAGGACCCAGAAGUUCUGGCGUUGGUUGCUCCGAGGCCUCUCAUUGGGCGGUUUGAUCUCGGGAGGGACCCAGGCGUCCGGGCGGUGGCCGCCCGCCAUGGGGCCACCACCCGCUAUGGGGCCACCACCCGCUAUGGGGCCACCACCACCCCUGAGGUCGCCGUCGCCCAUGAGGCCGUCGUCCCCCGUGAGGUCGCCGUCCCCCGUGAGGUCAUCGUCCCCCAUGGGGCCACCCGUGGGGCCGCCCCCGCCCGCCUGGAGCCCCCAAGCGCCGUGGUGGAAGGAGGAUGAAGAUGGCCUCCCAGAAGGACCCCGGCGGCCGGGCGUGGCCCUCUGCCUCCUCUUCCUCCUCAACGUGGCCCUGGUGGUGGUCUGGCAGCUCCUAUUGGCCGUCACCUUGGCCUACCGUCACGAUUGGCCGCGCAACGCCGCCGGCGCCGCCUUGGGUUGGGCGGCUUGGGCCGUCACCUAUCGCUUCUGGUACCGGUACCCCUGGUCUCCUGGACCUCCUGGGUUGGGGCUGCCAGCACCUUGAAGGACACAAGCGGCCCAGAAGGUCCUGGAUGGCCGGGAGAACCUCAACUGUCCAGGA